AUGUUGGAGGAAAUGAAACUGUCGUUUACUGAUGACAUCAUGAGAUCUCAACUUCCGCCGAGAUUCCGGAUGCCUCAGAUCACUCCAUACUUUAGAGCCGGAGAUCCAACGGAACACCUCGAAUCCUUUCGAGCAUGGAUGGAGCUGCGCAGCGCUUCAAGCUCAGUAAUGUGUCGAGCUUUCUCCCUAACCUUAUCAGGAGAGGCACUAAAAUGGUAUAGGCAGCUGAAGCCAAAGUCCAUUGGCUCCUUCACACAGCUCAGUAAAACCUUCAUCAUGCAGUUUAUUGGAGAAAAAGAUAAAAGGAAGCCAACAACCCAUCUCCUCACUGUUACCCAAAAGGAGGAUGAGCUACUGAAAAACUACAUUAUCCGCUUCAAUGAGGAGACAGUGCAAGUGAACAACUACUCUGACCAAAUAGCUUUGGCCCCCAUGAUAUUAAGCCUACAGGAGGGAAAGUUCCUCUUCUCAAUUGGCAAGAACCCUCCGACCAUCCUAGGUGAUCUCCUUAACCAAGCGCAAAAGUACUCUAACGCUAAGGAACUCUUUAGCUUGCGGAAUGCUACUCGGAGUGUCAGAAACUUGGCUAAGGACAGGAAGCGCAAGGAGGAAAGCCACCCACUGUCAGCAGCAAGAAGAGAAGGGAUGACGACCCGAACAAAGGCUCACGCCCUAAUCGACAACCGAAGAGCAGAUUCCGCUCCUAUACCCUGCUAA